AUGGAUGGUGACUGGUGGACAUUGUUCGAAUGUUUUAAGGUCGAAAAGGAAACAUUUUCCGAUCAUCUGCCAAUAACAAUAAAAACUCAAAAUAACAAAUCCUGCAGUACUCGAGCAGACGCUGACGAUCUGGGUAGUAAAAUCCUCAAAUGGAACAAAAAUAAAAAAGAGGAAUAUAAAACGUCAAUGGAUGCCCUACUUCAAACAAAACAAAAUGGAUCGAUCGCAAACUAUUUGCCUUUAUGUGACCUCGAAUCAAUCGUCAUAAAAUCGGCGACAUCAAUUCCCAAACCAGGUGCACUCUUUAAGAAAUCCGCGUGGUAUGAUCGUGAAUGCGAAAAACUUAGAAAAAAGUGUUUAGCCUUGCUCAACAAGUUAAGAAAAAAUGAAUCUCAGUCGAUCAGAAUAGAUUACUUGGAAGCAAAUAAAUACUAUAAACAGACUGUUAAAAUAAAAAAGCGAGCUCAUGAAGAAAAAUUGGCAUGUGAACUAAGUCAAAGCAAGGAUGCAAAAGAAUUUUGGUAUUUACCGAGAAAACUGUCUGGUAAUUACCAAUCAAAAGAACUGGUUUCGAUUCCAUUGGAAAGAUUACGACUCCAUUUUGAAUCACUCCUUUACCAACCGGUGCAAAUUACUUGGAGUUUUGCACAGCCCAACAUUGUGGACGAUCUUUUAGAUAAGGAAAUUAGAUUUGAAGAAGUCGAAUUGGUACUUAAUUCUUUAAGAGAUGGCAAAGCAUCAGGUCCAGACGGCAUUCCGGCUGAAUUCUACAAAUAUAGCUCUCAAACUUUCAAAGAGAACUUCGCAAAAGCACUAGACAUCAUAUAUAACUUUGGUACACUAACUGAUCAGUUUUAUGAGUCCCUGAUAUUACCAAUUUAUAAAAAAGGUGACAGCUCAAAUCCAGCCAAUUAUAGGGGGAGCACUUUGUUGAACUCGGCGCUAAAAGCUUAUACAACAUUAUUAUACAAAAGACUCGAGAAGUGGGUUUCCGUGAACGAAAAACUCAGCGAGUAUCAAGCUGGCUUCCGCUCUGGCUACUCUACUGUCGAUAACAUUUUCAUAUUAACUUCAAUAGCGCAGAUGAAAAUAGACCAAAAUAGAAAGCUGUAUACCUUCUUUGUCGAUUUUAGGGCUGCAUUCGACAUGAUAAAUCGAAAUGCCAUGUUCUACAACCUGUACAAUUUAGGAAUAUCUACAAAAUUCGUACGUGCACUUGUAAAACUUUAUCAGCAAACAAAGGCAAAUAUAGGCAAUGGUAAAGACCGAUCGGAAAGACUGAUUGCAAACCGAGGUGUCAAACAAGGCUGCCUGGUGGAGUGGCUUACUUGUGGGGUUAGUUUUGACAACACAAAUGUUAAGGUUAUCAUGUACGCGGAUGACAUAGUUAUUCUUGCCGAAUCACCAUCUUCGCUACAACUUAUGAUAAAUAAGCUCUAUCAGUAUUGCUUAGUAUGGGGUCUGGAGGUUAAUGUGGAAAAAUCCAAGGUAAUGAUUUUCCAAAAAGGAUCCGGAAGAACUGCAAGCUGUGAAAAUUGGAAAUAUAACGAACAAAAGCUCGAAGUAGUAAAAAAAUAUAACUAUCUGGGAAUGGAAAUGUCGUUCAACUUAAAAAUAGAAAACCAUCUAAAAAAUAAAGUUGUUAAGGCGAAAUCAGCAAUAUGCCAAAAUUGGAAAAAAAUCUUCAGCAACAAUUUAAUAACAGUUAGCUCCAAAUAUAAUGUAUUUAAUGCUACAGCCAAAUCUAUUAUGUUUUAUGGUGCUCAAGUUUGGGGGAUAGAACGGCACGAGGAUGCGGAAAGCCUGCUGCGGUUCUUUCUAAGAAAAAUCUUUUAUCUUCCAUUUAACACGCCAAAAUAUAUGUAUCACCUGGAAUCGGGGUUACCAACAAUGUUUAUUUCUGCUCUUAAGCUACAUGCAGAUUAUUUAUUAAGGGUGGUAAAUAAGGAAGAAUCAAGACUUCCGAAGAAGAUUCUUCAGUAUGCACUGCAAAAGAAAACGCUCUUCAUCAAAAAUUGGGUUGAACUUGCCGGAAACUGUGGAAUUACGAUUAACUUGACAGAAGCUAACUCAAACCAGUGGAAGAAGAUCUUUUAUGAAAUAAUCCAGCUGACUGAUGAAAAUGAAAGAUAUGCUUUUAUCGACAAAGCUCGCAGUUCAACAGAGCGAAAGUAUUAUUCAUUAAUCAACUACAAUCUCAAUGAAAAUAACUAUUUUAAAAGCUGUUUCUCGUGCUACAACAUUGGGAUCAUCUUCAAAAUUAGAGGCGAACUUAUCAAAUUAAAUUUUUCUCCACAUCGAACGGCGGGUAACUGUAGUUUAUGUAAUCUGCAAGAGAGAGAAGACAUCCUUCAUUUUAUUGGAGUCUGCCUCGUGCUCAAAGAAAUAAGACGUCACUACUUUGGUAAAAAUGUUCUACUCAUUGAGGAAGUAAAGACUUAUCUGAAUGGUUUCGACUGGCAGCUUCUUUUCAACUUUUAUAGUAAGGCCUGUGCUUAUAGAACAAGGAUAAUCACCGAAAGUUUCUAA